GUGCUUUUAGAGGACGUCCCUGCCUACCUUAAAUCCAAUUGCCUACUAUUGAUCACCAAAGUCCCAUGAUUUUCAAAUCUUUGCUGCGUGCCGCUUGACAGUUCCAUUGCUUGUAAUCACCCUAGGGAGUGGUUUGGGAUAGAGGAAAAAGUUACAGAGAAGCCCAUAGUGAAAUGGAUGCUGUGGAUAGCCAAAAACGCACCCGUUUAGGAUCAAAGCAUUUGCUGAACAGUGGUGCCAGAGACCAAUAAAAAUAAACUACUCAAACAUCAUUUGACUGGUUAGCCAGUUAUUAGUUGCUGAUGUAUAUUCAAGAUGAGUGGAUUAGGAGAGAACUCCUUGGAUCCAUUGGCAACUGAUUCACGAAAACGCAAAUUGCCCUGUGAUACUCCAGGACAGGGUCUCAACUGCAGUGGUGAAAAGUGGAGACGGGAGCAGGAGAGUAAAUAUAUUGAAGAAUUGGCUGAACUGAUAUCUGCUAAUCUUAGUGAUAUUGACAAUUUUAAUGUCAAACCAGAUAAAUGUGCAAUUUUAAAGGAAACAGUAAGACAGAUACGUCAGAUAAAAGAGCAAGGAAAAGCUAUUUCCAAUGAUGAUGAUGUUCAGAAAGCUGACGUAUCUUCUACAGGACAGGGAGUUAUUGAUAAAGACUCCUUAGGACCACUUUUACUCCAGGCAUUGGAUGGUUUCCUGUUUGUGGUGAAUCGAGAUGGGAACAUUGUAUUUGUGUCAGAAAAUGUCACACAGUACCUGCAGUAUAAGCAAGAGGAUCUGGUUAAUACAAGUGUCUACAAUAUCUUACAUGAAGAAGACAGAAAAGAUUUUCUUAAAAACUUACCAAAAUCUACAGUUAAUGGAGUUGCCUGGACAAAUGAGACACAGAGACAAAAGAGCCAUACAUUUAAUUGCCGUAUGUUGACGAAAACAUCACAUGAUAUUCUGGAAGAUAUAAGCACCAGUCCUGAAAUGCGCCAGAGAUAUGAAACAAUGCAGUGUUUUGCCUUGUCUCAGCCACGAGCUAUGAUGGAGGAAGGGGAAGAUUUGCAAUCCUGUAUGAUCUGUGUGGCAAGACGCAUUACUACAGGAGAAAGAGCAUUUCCGUCAAACCCUGAAAGCUUCAUUACUAGACAUGAUCUUUCAGGAAAAGUUGUCAAUAUAGAUACAAAUUCCCUGAGAUCCUCCAUGAGGCCUGGCUUUGAAGAUAUAAUCCGAAGGUGUAUCCAGAGAUUUUUUAGUCUUAAUGAUGGACAGUCAUGGUCCCAGAAACGUCAUUAUCAAGAAGCUUACAUUCAUGGCCAUGCAGAAACCCCAGUGUAUCGAUUCUCUUUGGCUGAUGGAACUAUAGUGACUGCACAAACAAAAAGCAAGCUCUUCCGAAAUCCUGUAACGAAUGAUCGUCAUGGCUUUGUCUCAACCCACUUUCUUCAGAGAGAACAGAAUGGGUACAGACCAAACCCAAAUCCUGUUGGACAAGGCAUUAGACCUCCUGCUGCUGGAUGUAGCAAUUCAGUAGGUGGCAUGAGCAUGUCGCCACACCAAGGCUUACAGAUGCUGAGCAGCAGGACCUAUGGCUUGGCAGACCCCAGCACCCCAGGGCAGAUGAGUGGGGCUAGGUAUGGGGGUUCCGGUAACAUAACUUCCAUGAACCCUGUGCCAGGCAUGCAGUCACCAUCUUCCUACCAGAGCAACAACUAUGGUCUCAACAUGAGUAGCCCCCCACAGGGGAGUCCUGGUCUUGUCUCCAACCAGCAGAGCAUCAUGAUUUCUCCUCGUAAUCGUGGGAGUCCAAAGAUGGCUUCUCAUCAGUUUUCCCCUGUUACAGGUGUGCACUCUCCCCUGGGAUCUUCUGGCAAUACUGGGAGUCACAGCUUUUCCAGUAGCUCUCUCAGUGCCCUUCAAGCUAUCAGUGAGGGUGUUGGCACUUCUCUUUUAUCUACUCUCUCUUCACCAGGCCCCAAAUUGGAUAAUUCUCCCAAUAUGAAUGUAAUACAACCAAUUAAAGUGAGCAAUCAGGAUUCCAAGAGUCCCCUCGGUUUGUAUUGUGACCAGAAUCCAGUGGAAAGUUCAAUGUGUCAGUCAAAUAGCAGGGAUCACCUCAGUGACAAAGACAGUAAAGAGAGCAAUGUAGAAGGGUCAGAGAAUCAAAGAGGUCCUCUGGAAAGUAAAGGUCAUAAAAAAUUACUGCAAUUACUUACCUGUUCUUCUGAUGAUCGGGGUCAUUCCUCCUUGACCAACUCCCCCCUGGAUUCAAGUUGUAAAGACUCUUCCAUUAGUGUCACCAGCCCCUCUGGUGUCUCCUCUUCUACAUCUGGAGGAGUGUCUUCCACAUCCAAUAUACAUGGCUCGUUGUUGCAAGAGAAGCACCGGAUUUUGCACAAAUUGCUGCAGAAUGGGAAUUCGCCAGCUGAAGUAGCCAAAAUUACAGCAGAAGCCACUGGGAAAGAUACAAGUAGUACAGCAUCUUGUGGAGAAGGAAAUGUCAAGCAGGAGCAGCUCAGUCCUAAGAAGAAAGAAAAUAAUGCACUUCUUAGAUACCUGUUGGAUAGGGAUGAUCCUAGUGAUACACUCUCUAAAGAGUUACAGCCCAAAGUGGAAGGAGUGGAUAAUAAAAUGAGCCAGUGCAGCAGCUCCACCGUUCCUAGCUCAUGUCAAGAAAAAGACUCUAAAAUCAAGACAGAAACAAAUGAAGAGGGAUCUGGAGACUUGGAUAAUCUAGAUGCUAUUCUUGGUGAUCUGACUAGUUCUGACUUUUACAAUAAUUCUGUAUCCACAAAUGGCAGUAAUCUGGGAACCAAGCAACAAAUGUUUCAAGGAACUAAUUCUCUGGGUUUGAGAAGUCCACAGUCUGUGCAGUCCAUUCGUCCUCCAUAUAACCGAGCAGUAUCUUUAGAUAGCCCUGUUUCUGUUGCCUCCAGCCCUCCAGUGAAGAAUAUCGGUGCUUUUCCCAUGUUACCAAAGCAACCCAUGUUGGGUGGGAAUUCAAGAAUGAUGGAUGGUCAGGAAAAUUAUGGCUCAAAUAUGGGUGGGCCAAACAGAAGUGUGACUGUGAAUCAGACUCCUUCCUCUGGAGACUGGGGCUUACCAAACUCAAAGGCCAGCAGACUGGAACCUAUGAGUGCAAACUCCAUGGGAAGACCAGGAGCGGAUUAUAAUGCUGCUUUACCCAGACCUGCGAUGAGCAGCUCUAUGCCUCCCUUGCCUAUUCGGUCCAAUAGCAUACCAGGUGCAAGACCAGUGUUGCAACAGCAGCAACAGAUGCUUCAAAUGAGACCUGGUGAAAUUCCCAUGGGAAUGGGGGUCAAUACUUAUGGCCAAGCAGCACCAUCUAACCAACCAGGUUCCUGGCCAGAUGGCAUGUUGUCUAUGGAGCAGAGCCCUCAUGGGACUCAGAAUAGGCCACUUCUUAGAAAUUCACUGGAUGAUCUCCUUGGGCCACCUUCUAACAUAGAAGGCCAGAGUGAUGAACGAGCAUUGUUGGAUCAGCUGCACACUCUCCUGAGCAACACAGAUGCCACAGGCCUGGAAGAAAUUGACAGAGCUUUGGGCAUCCCUGAGCUUGUAAAUCAAGGACAAGCUUUGGAGCCCAAACAGGAAGCUUUCCAAGGCCAGGAAGCAGCAGUGAUAAUGGAUCAGAAGGCAGCAUUAUAUGGGCAGACGUACCCAGCACAGGGACCUUCAAUGCAAGGAGGCUUUAAUCUUCAGGGACAGUCACCAUCUUUUAACUCCAUGAUGAAUCACAUGAAUCAGCAAGGCAAUUUUCCUCUCCAAGGAAUGCACCCCAGGGCCAACAUCAUGAGACCCCGGACAAACACCCCCAAACAACUUAGAAUGCAGCUUCAGCAGAGGCUACAGGGUCAGCAGUUUUUGAAUCAGAGCCGCCAGGCGCUUGAAAUGAAAGUGGAAAGCCCCCCUACUGGUGCUGCUGCGGUGAUGAGGCCCACGAUGCAGCCCCAGGUGAACCCACAGCAGGGCUUUCUUAAUGCCCAGAUGGUUGCCCAGAGUAGCAGAGAGCUGCUGAGUCAUCACUUCCGGCAGCAGAGGGUGGCGAUGAUGAUGCAGCAGCAGCAGCAGCAGCAGCAGCAGCCGCCGCCGCCGCAGACCCAGGCCUUCAGCCCACCCCCUAAUGUGACUGCUUCUCCCAGCAUGGAUGGGGUUUUGGCCGGACCUGCAAUGCCACAGGCUCCACCUCAGCAAUUUCCAUACCCACCAAAUUAUGGAAUGGGACAACAACCAGAUCCAGCCUUUGGUCGAGUGCCUAGUCCUCCCAAUGCACUGAUGUCAUCAAGAAUGGGUCCCUCCCAGAGUCCCAUGAUACAGCAUCCCCAGACUGCACCAGUGUAUCAGUCCCCAGAAAUGAAGGGCUGGCCAUCAGGAAACCUGGCCAGGAACAGCUCCUUUUCCCAGCAGCAGUUUGCCCACCAGGGGAACCCUGCAGCUUACAACAUGGUGCACAUGAAUGGCAGCAGUGGCCACAUGGGGCAGAUGAGUAUGAGCUCCAUGCCCAUGGCUGGCAUGCCCAUGGGUCCCGACCAGAAGUACUGCUGACCUUUCCACACCAGGGACUCCAAGGAAAUCACUGUACAAAUGACAUUGCACUAGGAUUUUGGGAGGUAAAGAAUCAUUGUCCAGGCCUCCACCUCUGAAGAAAGGACGAGCUUUGCAUCUGAGGUCAUUUGAGCAGGACUGGAUUGUAAGCUGAAGCGCAAUAUCUACCUGUAUUUUUUUUUUCUUCUUCUUUGUAUCAUGGUGUUCAAACAAGACAAAUACUUUUGGUGUUCUGCCUUUUAGGGAUGUGAUUCUGGAGAUAUGGAGUGUUACUUAUCAUGAGACUCUUCUGUGUUACUUCUUUUUGCCUUGUUAUCCAAAGUCUCUCUAAUGUAGUUAGGCCAGAGAACAUUGGAGUUAUCAGAUCUAAUUAGAACUUCCAGUUUUUCUCAUUGCAGUGUUGGACAAAGAGCAGUCUUAGCCUUCAAAUGUUUCUGUCACCACCAGGUAGUCCUAGGUUGAACUUUUUUCCAAGAGGAAUUGGUGUUUCUGAGUUCUUAUUCUUUAAUUAUAGAGUUAAGUUGCUGAGUCCCUACUCUUUGUUGUCCCAGGCUUUCUCCCAACUAGGACUCACUUGCCUCUAAUGUCCUGUAAUACUUCACCUCCAAGAAUGGUCACUGAUGUCAGGUGGCUUUGUGGAAGGGAAAAUGAGAUGACAGUAUUGAAUUGCAGCAGUAGCUAAUCUUUCACAUGCUAGUGUGCAGCUGAGUGCACUUUAUUUAAAAGGUAAUGGAUAAAUGCAAUAUUCUUGAGGUCUUAAGGAAUGGUGAACCACAUUCCUGGUUUUUGUCUAAACUAAUCUUUUGGACAAGAACUAAUUUUUAAAAAAAGUAAUGGUGUCACCCUUUGCCUAUAUGGUAGAGCAAUAAUGCUUUUUGAAAAUAAACUUCAAAAAAUCCAAGGCCAGGUACUGCAUUCUGAAUCAGAAUUUUGCAGUGUUUCUGUGAAUAGAAUUUUUUUUUUGUAAAUAUGACCUUUAAGAUACUGUAUUAUGUAAAAUAUGUACAUACCUUUUUUGUAGGUCAGAACAACUCAUUUUUGCAGAGUUUGUGAAGGUAAAUAUUUAACAAUGUUGACUUUGGUAAGCUCAGUGUGGUAAGGUUACAAACAGAAGAGACAUGUCCUGAAUUUAGCGGUCCGGGAAGGGGACAGUGGUCCACAGCUUUCCCCUUCCCCUUAGUUUUACAUGUCUUGUUUUCCUCAAUCUCUUAAUCUACCCCCCAUCCCCCACCUUUUAUUAAAAAGAUACUGUUUGUUAGGAUGUAGGCAGUUUAAAAUUUUUUUUUUUCAUUUCUUUGCCAGAACAAAGCACUUUGUUAAUUUUGGGGGGAAAGGAUAGAAACUGGGGAGGUAAACUUCCUAAAAAAAAAAAGAAAUCAGGAAUUUUUAAAAAAUCAAGCAAUUUGAUUUAAAAAAAUGUUUUGGCAUUUUAGUGGUCUCUAAAAAACGACAGCAAUUCAUUUGUUCUUUUCAUUUUUAAAUUAUGUUGCCUUUUCAUCUAUUUUAGGAGUGCUUUUAAAAUUUUUGUUGCUGAAUCCCACAUUGAGAUCUCAAGAAUAGAAUCCUUGGAUGUGGUUUCUUACAUCUGCUCAGCUGUUUUGUCCUUCUGCUAGUUUGAUAUUUUCACCAAGUCCCUGUGAAUUAGAGUAGUGUCAUGAUUAUUUCCUAAGGAGCUCAGUACCCAAAACAAGCCAGUUUUGCUGUGAUUCAGAGCCACAGUCUGAGCACCUUGUACUCCCAGUCUCUCCCCACACCUGCCACUUUCUGUUAUUGCCACUCCUUGGCACAUUUUCAAGUCAGGUGGUAGUAGUAGGGAUUACUUAUUAGGUUCAAACAGUUGAAUGAGAGUAACAUUGGGUUUUUGGAAUAUCUAUAGAUUUGAAAAGUCUCUGCUAGCCUUGGUGUCACUUUCUGGCAAAGAAUUGAGAGCCUGUUAGUGGGUUUUGUUUUUGUUUUUGUUUUUAGUUUUUUUUUAAAUUUCAAACAUGUCUAGCCAAUAUUUCUAGAAGUCUCUGAAGGUAAGAUCAUGUCAUUUCUUUGAUUUGCUUAUGAAUAAGUGAAACCCAGUAUUUCUAGAAUCACCACUAGAGUGGGUUUUUUCCCCAAGUAUAUAGAUAAUUAUGAGUUUGACCUUCCUACCUUCCAUCUGAAAGGUUAAAAAUAAAUUUAAGAUUGUAAAUCCAUAAACUUCCAUCAUAGUGUAUUCUGCCUUUCUUUGGAGACAGAGGCAUAGCUGAAUCUCUUUUUAGGCACGGUUGUGUCAGGUGUACGUGAACCUUCCUUGCUUAAGUCAUGUGUGUGUGUGGGGAGAAGUAGAAUGGUGCUCUUACCUUUCUUGACUUUUAAAAAUUAUUAAAAACAAAACAAGAUGAAAAAAGUUUUGUGAUUCUUUUCCUCAGCGUGGAGUUAGGACUAACUGGAAGGCAGCAUCCCCUUUUUAUAUGAGAAAAAAGUUGUUUAUAAGUUUUUAUAUUUUCUACUUGUUCAUUUUAUUGGGGCAGACUUAAGAUUUUGAUUUUAAUAGGUGCAGUCCUUGAGGUAAUUUGUUUUUACCUUUAUUGUCCUUUUAUCUUUUUUGAAUAAUUCUCUUUUUAUACCUGUUGCCUACCUUCCCUCUUACCCAGCCCCAGCCCCUUUUCUAAACCUUGAUAUCUAUUGGGUGAACAGUGUAAGUAUUCUUUCUUUUCAUCUGCUUUUAGAAUGUGGGAUAUUUCCAGUAUCUACUUUUUGCUGAAUCCAAAGAUAUAUAAAUAUAAAUAUAUAUUUUAUAAAGAUCAAAAUGAUAUAAAGGAGAUACAUGUGUCUUCAAAAAACAAAUAGCAAUUGCAUUGUUAAUGUUCCUAUUAUGACACCACUUUUCUAAAUCGUGGAUCUGGAUUGAAAGGUGUAAAUAUCAGUAAACUGUACUAUUUAGUUUAUCAGUAUUUAAUAUCUAAGGUGAAUUGGGGUAUAGACGGUGGGGCUUUACAGGAGAUACUUGGUUUGGUAUCCUAGAAUUUCUUCAGUCCAGAAGUAGGUGCAGCUGGAAAGUGAACAGAGUGGGUUGCUAGUUACCUGUAUGCCUGACCAGUUCCUUUUCCAUUUGCAGGAGCCAUGAGUUUUGUUCAUAAGUGGAAAAUUUGUAGAAGGGAAACCUUUAGGAUUGAUGUAAUUUCCCCUCUGCUGCAAGGGAACAAGAGCUGUUUUCCUAGGCAAGCUAAUAAUAAGCAGGGCAUUUUUUUCCUUUUUUUUUCUCGCCAAUAUGUGGGAUUUUGAAGAAGAUAGAAAUGUCAUUCUGAGAGCAAUAUUUAAAUUCUCAGGAGUUGACUUUUAGUAUUGAGAAUGAAUUCAAUUUCAGUCAAGUUUACAUUAAAUGUUGCUUAAAAAAUCUAAAUCAUUCUUUAUAUUGCAAAGAAUCGAAACCACAUGGGAUAAUUUAUGAGCUUGUUGGGUGGUAAGCUAUGACUGCUUUGCUUAUCAUUUUGGAUGUCAUGUAAAUAAAGGUUUCUAUUUAAAAUUGGAGCCUC